AUGGCAGCUGAGCAUAUAUCUAGCUCCGGGGAGACAGGGCCUAUCUCGGCCUCACUCCCCGUGAACAUGGCCAUCGCUGGCCUCUUUGCCAUAGCCUGUUACAACUGUCUCGAGAUCCUCAUAUCGCUCCUCAGCCGGUUUAAACGACACGACGGCCUGUAUUUCUGGAGCAUGCUCACGGCGACACUCGGUAUAGUGCUGCACAGCAUCGUCGUCUUGCUCAGAUACUACAGCCUGGGCCCGAAUUUUCUCCUCUGCGUGUUGACCUGUAUUGGCUGGUAUGGCAUGGUCACUGGGCAAUCGGUCGUGCUUUAUUCCCGGCUUCAUCUAAUCGUCGAAGACAAGUCCAAGACGCGAUGGGUCUUGUAUAUGAUCAUCAUCAACUUCUUCAUCCUCCACGUCCCCACGACCGUCUUGUUCCUCAUGAGUAACACAGAACGCUACGAGAGCCGCUUUAUUGGACCAUUCAAUGUCUACGAACGCAUACAACUCGCAGGUUUCUGCAUACAAGAAACCGUCAUCUCAGGACUCUACAUCUGGGAAACCGCCCGCGGGCUCAAACCCAUCUUCGCCGUCCGCAAAGACAUGGAGCGCAAAGUCAUCCGCUACCUCGUCAUCGUCAACAUCCUCGUCAUCCUCCUCGACAUCAGCCUCAUUGUCACGCAGUACAUGAGCCACUUCAACAUACAAACAACAUACAAGCCCGUCGUCUACAGCAUCAAACUCAAGAUGGAAUUCGUUGUGCUCAACAAAUUGCUGCUGCUGGUACAGCACAGCGACUGCAAUUGCAUGCAUAUUAUGGGCGAGCCCGAGAACACUGCCCAGAACCCCUCGCAUCUCGAGCGCCAAUCGAUGGAUCGGAAUUCUUCUACGAGAACAGGGAGCGACGUGCCUAUGCAGAUGAACAAGUUCCACACCGACGCGUCGUCACAGUCGAGAGGACACCAGUCCAAGUCUCAGCCUUGGGACUUUCUCGACUUGACUCCAUACUGUAAGUUCCUCAUUUUCGUCAAUCCCAUAUUUUUCAUGACCUCGGUACUGACAAGCUCUCAGGACGUUUUAUUCUACGUCAACGACAUAAUUCUUAAACUUUGA